AUGAAAGGUAUUAUGAGGUUUGGUAGGAAGGGAAAGUUGAGUCCGAGAUUCAUUGGACCUUUCGAGGUCCUGGAACGAGUUGGCCUGGUAGCUUACUGUUUGGCUUUGCCCCCAACACUGUCUUCAAUUCAUAAUGUCUUCCAUGUUUUGAUGCUAAGGAAGUAUGUGACAGACCCGUCAAAUGUAGUUGACUACGAACCCUUACAGUUGAAUGACAACUUGAUCUACCAGGAGAAGCCCAUAGAGAUCCUCGCCAGAGAGGUAAAAACAUUGCGCCACCGAGAAAUUGCUUUUGUGAAAAUCGUGUGGCAUUAUCACCAGUUAAAGAAGCCACCUGGGAGUGAGAGGAUGAGAUGA